AGAGUUUCCAGAGAACAAGAGGAAAAUAGUUGAAAACAGUCAGUUGGAAGAAAAGAGGUUUGUGAACAAGGAGGUUGAAAGCAAGAGCAACGUAAGGGUAAAACAUGGCUCGGAGUAAAGAGGAAUGAUUGUCCCAAACAUACCCAGGGAAUGACAAAGGAAGAGAGCACAGGCCAAGGGCUCAAGUGGAGAGGAGAGAGGGCUUUCCCUUGGGCUUGCAGAACUGCCAGUGGUGCUAGAGCAUAGCAUCUUUGCUUGGAAUUCCCACUAAGUGUAAUUUAUUACAACUUCUACAUUAUGCUCCUUUUCUGACUUUAUAUCUUCCAAGAAGCUGCAACUAUGAUGAGUGGCUGGAUCUGGAAAGCUGAUUUGAAAUUGUCUUACAUCUCUGAGAGGAAAGCAACUCCUGAAACCCCAAUCCUGUAACAUUGAAAGAAAUGGAGAAGUUGAAGAAAUAUGUAUCAGUGACAGAUGAAGAUCACUUUUAUCAUCAGGGAGCUGUGGAGCUGCUAAUCUUUAACUUUCUACUCAUCCUUACAAUAUUAACAAUUUGGUUGUUUAAAAACCAUCGAUUCCGCUUUCUGCAUGAAACUGGAGGAGCUAUGCUUUAUGGCCUUGUAAUGGGAUUAAUUAUACGUUAUGUGACAAAAUCACCAGAUGUUGAAAGUGGGACUGUUUAUGAAUGUGAAAGGUUGAAAUCUGGGCCAUCCACUCUGCUUAUUAAUAUAACUAACCAAGUCUACGAAUAUCAAUACAAAAGAGAGAUCAGCCACCACAAUGUCAAUGGUCACCAGGGCAAUGCAAUGCUUCAAAAGAUGACCUUUGAUCCUUCCAUCUUCUUCAACAUUUUGCUGCCGCCCAUUAUAUUUCAUGCUGGAUAUAGUUUGAAGAAGAGACAUUUUUUUCGUAACUUAGGAUCAAUUUUAGCCUACGCCUUUUUGGGAACUGCCAUUUCCUGCAUUGUCAUAGGGUUGAUAAUGUAUGGCUUUGUGAAGGCCAUGGUACAUAUUGGCCAGAUAGAGCAAUGGGAAUUCCACUUCACUGACUGUUUAUUUUUUGGAUCACUGAUGUCUGCCACAGAUCCAGUGACAGUCCUUGCUAUUUUCCAUGAGCUGAAUGUGGAUACAGAUUUAUACACACUCCUGUUUGGAGAGAGUGUCCUGAAUGAUGCUGUGGCUAUUGUGCUGACACACUCUAUAUCCAUUUACAGUCCUAAGGAGAAUCCGAACGCUUUUGAUGCUGCUGCUUUCUUCCAGUCAGUCGGAAAUUUUCUGGGGAUCUUUGCUGGAUCAUUUGCUAUGGGAUCCUCUUAUGCUGUUGUCACAGCUUUAUUGACAAAAUUUACAAAGCUGUGUGAGUUUCCUAUGUUGGAGACAGGUCUGUUUUUCCUCCUAUCCUGGAGUGCCUUCUUAUCAGCAGAAGCUGCUGGGCUUACAGGUAUUGUUGCUGUCCUUUUCUGUGGAGUCACACAGGCCCAUUACACCUACAACAAUCUGUCACCAGAUUCCAAAAUGAGAACUAAACAGUUGUUCGAGUUCAUGAAUUUUUUGGCUGAGAAUGUCAUCUUCUGCUACAUGGGACUCGCACUAUUUACAUUUCAAAAUCACAUCUUCAAUCCUCUUUUCAUAUUUGGUGCACUUGUGGCAGUUUUUGUAGCAAGAGCUUCCAACAUAUACCCACUUUCUUUCCUUUUGAAUUUGGGUCGAAAACAAAAGAUUCCCAGGAACUUUCAGCACAUGAUGAUGUUUUCAGGUCUGCGCGGCGCGAUCGCCUUCGCGCUGGCCAUCCGCGACACGGGCGCACAGCCCCAGCAGAUGAUGUUCUCCACGGCCCUGCUGAUCGUCUUCUUCACCGUCUGGGUCCUCGGGGGGGGCACCACCCCCAUGCUCACCUGGCUGCAGAUCAGAGUUGGUGUAGAUCCAGAUGAAGACCUGAAAGCUAAAGCUGUGAGCCAGAGUGCAUCUAACUUGGAUAAAAAUACAACCAAAGCUGAGAGUGCGUGGCUGUUCAGAAUAUGGUAUGGCUUUGAUCACAGAUACCUGAAGCCUCUCCUAACCCACGCUGGGCCACCUCUCACAUCAACCUUACCUGAAUGGUGCAGCCCUGUUGCCAGGAUUCUGACCAGCCCCAGUGCAUAUGGGGAUCAACUGAAGGAUGAUGACACAGUUUAUAUCAUCAAUAAUGAUGACUUGACCGAAAACUGUGAAUCGUCUGCUCGCAUGCCAGUGCCAGCCCAGGACAGCACAGGCUCCAUCCAGGCUACAGGCAAGGAAGAUAUUCAGGAAGGAGACCUGGGAUUAGGAGGAUACAAACUCCAGCUUCAACACUCUGCAGGUCAACCCCAGAAAAAUUCAUUGGCAUAAGCAGUGCAAUGCUAAUCACAAGAAAGACUAAAACAAAGAAACAAAAGAUCCUGUUAUGUGAACAAGAGAUCAGAAAAAAAUGUACUAAGCACAAAAAAUCAAAGAAAAUUUAGAUUUCAGAUACUAAAUGCCUGCUCCUCCCAGAAAAGAAGUUUGCUGUCAUAUCCAUAUAUCUACAACCAUGAGCAGGUUUUAUAAGUGCAGCAGUUUUUAGUAUAAGGACAUAGGGCAGUACUAGCCCACUGGAAAUCCAUUUGAGUAACGUUUUGUCUCAGCAUUUGACUGUUCUCUGCCACUCAUGUACACAGGCCUUUGAAUAUCAUUUAGAGUCUUUAGUAAGUUUAAAUGGAGAGAAAUAGUUUCCUAACAUUCAUGCUCACAGCUCUUUUCUACAGCUGGUCCUGACAUGCUUCACACAUAACUACUCAGUAGCUAUUACAUUUAUAAGGAAGAAGCAGAAGAUUCCUUGUCCAAGGAGUACAUGAUCUGAAAAUGCUUAAAACAUGCAUUGCAGAACCUCAGUCUUGAUAAAUAAAGCCGCUUCACGCUCACAGUAUAGACUUUUCCUGACAUCCAGCCAAAUAUUUGCUUUCUAAAUGCACCUUAUACCUGGUCCACAGAGGGUUUCACUAGGCUGCCACAAACUGAACACUGAUAGUAGGAGACAUCGAGGUGUGUGUGAAAAUCAGCAACAAACUCUUCAUGGCAGCACCAAAUGGGCACAACCACUGUUUAAAACCAGCAGUUAUUCCACAAGGCUUUUGUUGUUACAGCCUGGCAACACGCAAAGCUUGGAUGGGGACAAGGUUUUCUUGUUUUGAAAGAUCAUUCUAAACAUAUACUUUGAUUUAAGAACUCAAAUGUUUCUCCUUUUUUACUGUUUAAGAAGAGUUGUUUAGAAUCAAAUAUUUCUGCAAAACAGUUGUAUCUUCAGACUGCCUGCUCCAAGGAUAAAUUUGUCUGUCUCUCUACUUGUGCUGGGCACUCAAUGUUACACUAGAAACGAGGACUGUGGUGGUUAGAUAUGAAAUGAAAAAAAAAUAAAUAAAACAGCAACAAGAGGGGUAUCAAAGCACUCAUUGCUCUGCAUAAACACAGUAAAUGGAUAACCAACUGCUCAGCCAUACAUACAGCUGACUGCCAUAUACUGUCCAGCAUCAGUACAGAUCAGCUGAGCAGUGCAAAACCAGGGAUAAAGCCAGGCUUCUGUUGUUAGAGCACGUGCCUUUCCUCACAGCAGAGGUUUCAACUAACUGUGCAUGAUGAUGUUCCUACUAAGAAAGCCAAAACAUCAGAGUUUUUAAGGAAGAUCAUUCUUAGUAUACAAAGAAAAUGGGCAAGAAGAAAUCUGUGAUUUCUAGAAGAAUAAAACUCAAACUGUCUCUUUCAAUAGUCCUAAAGAUGAAUAGGUCUUAAUUUCACCACAAAUAAAACUUAGAAUACAAAUAUAAUCAAGUUUUAGUCCUUCUUUUCCAGUGUAAUUAAUUUCUGGUUACAUGUGACUCUAGAACAGACAUUUUAAGCAUAAAUUUAAACACAAUGGAGUUGUGUGUGCUGUUACAAAUUAUCAGAAGCCAAAGCUGAAAUUUUAUUUUGUCCUAAACUCUAAUCAAGGAUCUUCCAAGGGCCUUAAUCCCCACGUGGCUUAAAACAAAUAAUAGUCAGGCAUAAUAACGAGUUCUUCUAAGAUUUAUCAAAUUUCCAGCUCUGUGCUUUGCUUUGUUUAGCUGCAUGGGCUGGGAAAAGAUGUGCAGCAGCUUACAAGAAGGGAUGGAGAAUGGGUAAGGAGGGAAGAUUUUGUGGUCAAGUACUGGGAGACAGCAGAGAACAGAGGGAGGAGAAGCAGGCAGAGAGAGACUGGAGGGAGGUGAAGAUGUGGCAACACAGCCAGAAGCUCUCGGGGUAGGUGCUAACACCAUCCUGACUUCAGAAGCCAGUUUCUGGUUUCAGCCUUGGGCAUGUCACCAGGCUUACUGAGUUUCUUGGUAAGCCUGGAUUCCAGUCCUUAGAUUAUACUGGAAAUCAAUAAGGUGCUGUAGCAUAAUGAAGACACAAAGCUGUUUUUCACAACACGAACUGGAAAUGACAAGCUCUUCAAUAGUUUUGCUUUAGAUUCUACUCUGAAAUGCAUCCUGCAGCAUACUUUACAGGGCCUUACUGAUUUAUUUAUUGUGCCUAUCUCCAGGUUUCUCACAUUUGUACAAUGAUAAAUGGAGAGCUCUGGGGUCUGAAAUUUUCUGUUUAUAGAAAAAGUCUGCAACAAAUACUUUUCACACUGUUCUACCCCUGUGCCUUAAAGGGCUGCUUGGUAAAGAAAGUAAUUCCUUAUGACAGACAAGUCCUACUUCACAUCUUCACAGGUCAGAUUUUUAUGCUAAGGCUACCAAAGAGGCUGAAUCUGUGGCUCCAGCAGGAAGGGUAUUUAUCACCUGGGAUCAUUCUCAGCAACCAAAGUAUCAUUAGCCAUUAGGAAAACUAGCAAUAUGAGCUGCAAGCAAACCUGAAGCUUCUGCUAAAUGGCAAUGAGUCUCAAUUGUCCAUUACACUCACCAUUUCCCUAUUUUAAGACACUCCUCGUGACAGCUCAAGAGUUACAACAACAUUAGAACAAAUGACAUAUUUGUAUUCAAGAAAAAAUUACUGUCAACUAGUAAUUCUGCAUGACUGUUUAAACAGAAUCAUGAAUGUUAAGAGAGGCCUUUAAUGUUAAUUUACAGUUUAUACACUGGAGACUUUAACUACUCAAUAUCACACAGUGUUUGACUGAAUGUGCAAGUCACUCAUGAUAAAUGUGAAGCUAUUCCUUCUAUCUGACUUAAUUUAAUAAAACACUGCUUGGAAAAUGAAAGGUAAUAUAUAUUGUCAAAAAUGUAGCGACUGCAUAUUCAGAAUGAAGGCAAAAACGUGGGACAAGG